AGACACAAAAUGACCAAAAAAAGAAACAAAAUGACUCUGUUCAGCUUCUUGUUGAGGUAUUCUGUCCAUCUGUCCUGCUGACUGCCUCUUCCAUAUGGGCCACUGCUCGUGUAAUUACCCAAAUGUAGAUUUCUUUUGCAGGAACAGGUUCUCUGAUAGGCAUUCUUUAUGUCGGGAUGUGUUGUUGACCCGUGAUUGGCGUGUUAACUCUGUGUAUAUAGGUCUGACCACAUGGUGCACGGUCAUUUUUCUCCCAUUCUGACACAUGGCCCCUUUCUGCCCCUCCCUCUCGCUUCUCCACUUGUCCUCCCCUACCCUCACCUCCCUCCCUCCUCCCCCUUUUUCUUUUAUGUUUCAGAGAGGAGAGCAGCAGGAGGGCGUGGACCUGACUUAUAGAAGACAGCGAAAGGAAAGGAGGAAAAAAAAAAAAUAAGGCCAAAGGGAGGCGAAGCCGAGGCCUGGUGGAAAAGAAACAAAGCCCUGUGUGUUGCCCUCUGUGUGCGUUUUACUGUACGUGUGUGUGUGAGCAGGUGGGACUUUGAUGGGACAGUGAGCAAUGCCUCACACGCAGCGACAGCAGGUUGGCAGUAGGGGGCGGUGCUCCCCUCGCCUCCUCCCCCUCCUCCUCUUCCUCCUCCUCCUCUCCCUCGCUGCCCAAGCAGCCAUACACAUCCCCUCCAACUACCACAUAAGUGAUCUCAAGAGGCCUCCGAUGAUCACCACACAGCCGGAGUCUGUCACCGUCUUCAGUGUGGAAGACUUCGUCAUGAGCUGUGAAGCCGGCGGCAACCCUCCUCCUGAUUUCAAGUGGACUAAAGAUGGAGAGGACUUCGACCCGGGCAGUGACCCGGAGCUGAAGGUCACUGAGCACUCCGGCUCCUUCGCCUUCUACACACUCAGUUACACCAUGGACAGCCUGAAGCAGUACCAGGGCAAAUACGUCUGCUACGCAUCCAACGAGCUGGGGACCGCCGUCUCCAACGAGGCCAUACUCACUACUGAUGCUCCUCCGAUCCAGCAGAAAGAAAAAAAGGUCCAUGUGAAGUCUGAAGAGGGAGGCAGCAUCGUUCUGAAGUGCAACCCCCCGCAGAGCUCCAUGGAGCCCAUCAUCCACUGGAUGGACUGGAGGCUACAUCACAUCCAGCUCAGUGAGCGGGUGGUGGUGGGGAAGGACGGCAACCUUUACUUUGCCCAUUUGACAAGUGACGACAGCAGGGUGGACUACACCUGCAACGUCCAGUACCUGGCAACCCGCACCAUUCUGGCAAAGGAACCCAUCACUCUGACAGUCAACCCCUCCAACUCCGUCCUGCGGAACCGGAGGCCCCACAUGAUGAGACCUGCUGGAAGCCACAGCACUUACCACGCCCUCAGGGGCCAGACCGUGGAGCUGGAGUGCAUCGUCCAAGGCCUUCCGACUCCCAAAGUUUCCUGGGUGAGGAAAGAUGGCGAGAUGCCUGAAGCUCGGGCCGUUAGAGACAUGUUUGACCGCCGCCUGCGCUUCGGUAACAUCUCCGAGAGCGACGGGGGCGAGUACCAGUGUUUAGCUGAGAACUCCCAAGGAAAGGCCAUACACACUUACACUGUGACUGUGGAAGCGGCUCCCUACUGGAUCAAGGAGCCCCCCAGUCAGUUAUAUGCCCCCGGUGAGACUGUCAGACUGGACUGCCAGGCGGACGGGAUCCCCUCUCCGACCAUCAGCUGGACCAUCAACGGGGAACCCCUCACAAAAUUUGACAAGGACUCCAGACGCUCUCUGACAGCAAGCGGAUCGAUAAUCCUGAAGGAUGUAAACUUCAGUGACACUGCCAUCUACCAGUGCCAGGCCUCCAACAAGCACGGGUCCAUCCUCACCAACACCAACGUCUACGUCAUUGAGCUGCCUCCUCAGAUCCUCACUGAGGACGGGAACACAUACACAUUCACAGAGGGCCAGAACGCCACGCUGGAGUGUGAGACCUUCGGUUCUCCUAAACCUAAUGUCGUAUGGGAGAGCUCCAGCACUUCGUCCCUUCUGGCUGAUCCCAGAGUGAACCAGCUCACCAGCGGAGCGCUGGAGAUCUUCAACGUUUCCCGCGAUGAUCAGGGCUUCUACGGCUGCUCUGUGCUGAACUCUAACCUGUCUGUCAGUGCCGAGCUGGAGGUGCUCAACAGGACAAUGAUCCGGUCUCCUCCGGAGGACGUGAAGCUUCAGCGUGGAGAGACGACCAUCUUCACCUGUGAGUCCGUCGUCGACAACAAACUGGGCGCUCCGCUCAUCCAGUGGAGGAAGGACGACCACAAGAUCUUUGAGUCCCACAGUGAUGAAAAAUACACGUUUGAUGGUUCAGACCUGAAAAUAACUAACGUGGAAGAAAGUGAUGAGGGCGUUUACACCUGCCAGGUCAUCACCAAGCACGACAUGGCUGAAGCCAGCGCCUCUCUCACUUUAUGGGACCGUCCGGACCCUCCCGUCCUCCUCCAGAUCUCUGACUCUGAGCGUCGAGCCGUCACCCUCAGCUGGACUCCAGGAGACAACAACAACAGCCCUGUCACAGAUUAUGUGAUAGAGUUUGAGGACCAAGGCUCCAAGGAGAGAGGCUGGGAGGAGCUGAAGCGAGUGAAAGGAGGCGAGGAGCGAGCUCGUCUGUCCCUGUGGCCCUACAUGUCCUACCGCUUCCGGGUCAUUGCCAUCAAUGAUGUGGGGAAGAGCGACCCCAGCAAGCCAUCGGAGAUCCACAACACAGAAGCUGAAGCUCCGGAUUAUAACCCCGAAGACGUCAGGAGUGAGUCCCACGACCCCGACACCCUGGUCAUCACCUGGGAGGAAAUGGAGAAACGUAACUUCAACGGACCGGAGUUCAAGUACCGCGUGCUGUGGAGGCGAGUGGUGGGCAGCGGGCCCAACUGGCACAUCAACUACACAACAGCACCACAACUAACAGUCAGCGACAUCGGCAACUUUUCUGCCUUCGAGAUCAAAGUCCAGGCCACCAACGACAAAGGAGACGGACCUGAACCUGACCCUGUCAUUGGCUACUCAGGAGAAGACGUGCCGUUGGAGGCUCCCAUGAACGUGGCUGUGGAGCUGAUAAACAGCACGACCAUCAGAGUGAACUGGGCCGCAGUAGACAAAGAGACGGUCAGAGGACACCUGCUGGGAUAUAAGGUUUAUUUGACCAGAAUCGGCUCCAGGGUCCACCACCGAGGCCGGAGGUCCAGGGAGCCAGAGACCACUGUGGUGGUGGAGACCGGAGCCGGAGAGGAGAAGAAGGUGAUCGGGGGCCUCAGACCGUACUCCCACUACACCGUGGCCGUCACCGUGUUCAACAGCAAGGGGGAGGGACCCCCCUCUGAGACGCUGGCCUUCAAGACCGACGAGGGAGUUCCUGGUCCUCCUAUGUCCCUGAGGCUGGACAGCCCAUCAGAGACAGAGAUGACCCUCCACUGGACGCCACCUGGCCAGCCCAAUGGAGUCCUCAUCGGAUAUCUACUGCAGUACCAACAGAUUGUGGAGACUGAUGACAGCCCCAUGCAGGUGGAGAAGAUAGACGACCCCAUGGUCACCCACCUCACGCUGAGCAACCUGGACCGCCACAGCCACUACCGCUUCUUCCUGAGGGGACACACGGCUGCAGGGGACGGAGAGCCCAUCAUGAGGGAGGGAGCCACCACACUGGAUGGAGCACCUCCUGCAAACAUCAACCUGACUACUGGGGAGAACUCGGUUAACCUCAGCUGGGUGGCCAAGAAGAGACACCGGAACGUCAGCUUCCAGAUCCACUACCUCAGGAAAAAUGAUGGCAGUAAAUGGAAGACAACGGAAAAGGUGAACUCCUCUCAGUCUUUCUACCAGCUCCAGGGCCUAACUCCUGGUUCUAAUUAUCAACUACGCUUCUCCUACAACAACAAGACUUUCUGGGAGGCUGACAUCGACACAAAAGGAACAGCAGUGACGGAGGUGCAACCCAGCUUUGCGACGCAGGGCUGGUUCAUCGGUGUGGUGAGCGCCAUCGUGCUGCUGCUGCUCAUCCUGCUCAUCCUCUGCUUCAUCAAGAGGAGUAAAGGGGGGAAGUACUCAGUGAAAGAUAAAGAAGAGGGUCCGAUGGAUUCAGAGGCACGGCCGAUGAAGGAUGAGACUUUCGGGGAGUACAGAUCUCUAGAAAGUGACCUGGAGGAGAAGCGUACGGCCAGCCUGCCGUCGCUCGGCGAGGAGAGCAAACUGUGCAGCGAGGACAACCUGGACUUCAACGGCAGCAGCGCCAUAACCACCGAGCUCAACAUGGACGAGUCUCUGGUCAGCCAGUUCAGCCGGCCCAGCGAGGCUCUGCCCGACAACUCGCCGCUCAACCCCACCGCCGUCUCCCCGGCCGCCAACGGCAUGCCCAACUCAGUCACCAUCCUCGAUUAACCCCCGCACCACCACCAAGGGGCCAUCAGACCAAAACAUGUCAACACAUAUGUGCCCAUACGCUCCUGUUCCCACCUGACCUGCUGAUCUGUAGUUUACCGACUGAUACACAAUCAAUAUAUUGACUGUUCAGAUGGCAGUCAUCUGAUCGACUGGACUGUUUUGACCAAAGGAGAGUCCAAAGUAGUGGACGAUGUGAUACAAGUUUGACUGACCUGAAGAUGUCUUUAGACCUCCCCUAACCCUGUGUAGUUUACAACAUAUCUUAAUGACUAACAUUAAUUCCUCUUCCUUUCUUCUCUUUCUUUCUCUCUGCAGACAAAGAUAAUAAAGACAGAAUGUUGUACAGGUAGAAAUAUGAGAGGGAUUGUAGGUGCGGUCCGAUAGAGAAGCAGAGUAGUUCAUUGUAAAAGGAGGAGGCUGGUUAGUGUCGGGGAAAGUGGAUAAGUCUUAGAUAUUUAUCAUGCCUUAUAUUAUUUAACACAUUUGUACGUCCAAUGCCAUUCAAUGUCUCAGAUUGUACUUGCCAGUGACAUUUUUUUAAUUGUAUGUAAAUACAAAAACAUCCUCUUUUGUCAUCUGUGAUUUUUUUUAAUUUAUAGCAUCACCUUUUUUUAUAUUGUUUUCUACACUAUUUAUAUAAAAAAAAAACUCAUGACUUCUCUUUAUUGACAUACUCCACAGAUCAAGAUGUUUUCAUUGAAACUAAGUGAAGCCAAGUUUCUUACUAUAAAUAACAUUGGAUGCAUUAAGGGGAACUUGCUGUGAACAUGCUGAGUAGCAUCUGGUGUAUAUAGCUGCAUCUACAUCUAUCUAUUUAGCCAUAAUACAGUAUUAUAGAUAUGUACAUGCUCCUUAUAAGUUUCCUGUGCCUGCUGGGUCUGCAUAGAGCACCAGAUUGAUGUCAUUACUCUCUCGCCUUCCCACCAGAAGUGUAAUGUCAUUAUUGGAAAUGAUAUUGUAAUUUUUUCGUGUCGAGACCUAUGUGUAGCUUUCUGUAUCUGUCUUCGUCUCUUUCUACACUGUAUUAAAAACAUUGUCGUCUCUAAUUAACAAUCUUUUCAUACCUGUCCAUCUCAUACUUCGCAAAAACUGUUUGAGGAGCAGUAUUUAUGUAUAUUUACAGAUCAGAGAGUGGAGGCUUGUGCGCAAACACUCUCAUGUUUUAUUUUCAGACCCUCAUCAAUGCAAGUUGAUAUUGCAGACAGGCGUAAUGAUGAUGCCAGUUGAUGUAUAAUAAAGGCAAGCAGUUGGUAUUUACAUCAAACACAGAGAAUGUAUUCUUUUCAGAGCUGGGCAGACAUUGUAUUUACAUGCUACUGAUUAAAACAAAACCUGAGCUACAAGGUACUGGAGUGGUUAUGAGAAGAAUUGUUGUUUUUUUCUCCACAGAAUGUAAAUACAACCCUUAAAAGAUUGUUUUGAUGAGCCCAAACCAUGUUUGAUAUAUAAAAAAAAUGUGAAAAAUGUGCAGGUUUUGAAACCCACUUAACUUAGUUUAAAAGUGUUGCAAGUUGUCCUUUUUUUCUUUUUUGUACUAUUGCUAAAAAAAAAAUCAGACUUCCCACUUUUUGAAAAAUAAUCGCAGUGAGAUUUGGCUGUUAAAAAAAACGUUAAAAACCGAAGAAAAAAAAUAUCCACAUUGUUCUGUAGAUGUUUGCAAACAUUUGAAAAAUCAAAAAAAUGUACAUUAGUGUCAUUUAGUGAUAA